AUGUCCACCUUUCAAGAGUUCUUAAUCUGGUACAAUAAUUUGGAUGUCGUUCCUUUCCUCGAGGCAGUAGAGAAAAUGAGUCAGUUCUGGCAGGAGAGAAAGAUCGAUAUGUUUAAAGAUGGUAUUUCUGUCCCUGGUUUAACCCUCAAGUACCUCUUCUCUUAUCUUUCACCUCAAACUUACUUCAGUCUCUUCGAUCAAGCGAACAGUGAUCUCUACCAUCUGAUCAAAGACAACAACACGGGCGGCCCAAGUAUUAUUUUCCACCGAUAUCAUGAAGCCGGCAAAACAAAGAUCAGAGAAGCAGAGGAAGGCGAGGCUGCUAAGCUGUGCGAGAAGAUCGUGGGGUAUGACGCGAACGCUUUGUACUUCUGGGCGCUCACGCAAGAUAUGCCCACGGGAAGUUAUACGAGACGCCUGUCGGACAAUGAGUUCAAACCGAAAAGUUCUGUACGCAUGGCUAUUGAAUGGUUGGAAUGGGUGGCGCACAAAGAGGGAAUUCACAUCCGACAUCAGUUAAACAAUACAGAAAAGCGCAUCGGUGGUCGUAAACUGCCUGUAGACGGUUUCAACGCGCAGACGCAAACUGCGUACCAGUUUCACGGCUGUUAUUGGCACGGCCAUGACUGUGCUCUCAACCGAGGGAAAGAGUUUAACGAGAAACGAAACAAACCUAUGACAGAACUGCUGGAAGAAACUAGAGCCAACACGGAGUAUAUCCGCAGCAAAGGGUACAACGUGGUGGGAAUAUAUGAAUGUCAGUGGAGAGAAAUGAAGAGAACCAACCGAGAACUCCGGCGUUUUAUUGCCACCGAAGUGAGAAGAACCCUGGAUCAAGUCAAGAUCAUGAGUCCCGAGCGAAUAUUGAGCGAGGUGCGACAUGAGCGUUUGUUCGGGUGCGUGGAAGUAGAUAUUCGUGUACCAGAUCACUUAAAGGAAAAGUUUAGUGAAAUGUGCCCGAUCUUCAAGAACAAAGAAACCAGCCGCGAUGAUAUUGGUGAAUUU